GUCAAAAGGCAAUAAAACAUGGGUCCCGUACUCGUGGCCGAUGGAUCUUGUAACGCGCCAAAGGUGAUUCAAGUAAAUCGUCGUAAUAUUACAGUCAGUCCCCACACAAAUUCAAUUCAAUUUAAUGUCGCUUACUCCACCCUCUUUCUUUCUUCCUUGUCCCUCUUUUCGCCAUGAAAUCCUCUCGCAAUUUCGCCUUCUCCGCCUCCACAACUGUCACCUACACUUUCAAAAAUGACCAUUCUACCCCUCCCCCGACCAACGAAAUCCUGAUUCAAUCCUCCCAAGGACAGCCAUCUCCCAUCACCGUUCAUCUCCCUCAACAGCUCCAAUCACAAUCCGCCGCCAAGAUCCAAUCCGUCUACAGGGCCCACGUGAUCCGGAUGCUCUACAAGAAAAUCUCAUCCGUCAACUCUGAAGCUUACCGCUUACAGCGACUAAUCCAACGUCAGGAAACCGUGGACUCCGUAAGGAGGGAUGAGCGCGAGAAACUUAAAAUGAACGAGGCGUUGAUGGGUUUGCUUCUUGAACUAGACUCUGUUCCGGGUUUAGACCCGUCAAUAAGAGAGGCGAGGAGAAAGGUGAGCCGUACGAUCGUGGGAUUGCAGGAGAUACUUGAUGGGAUCUGUGCUGCCAGAGUUGAUGAUGAAAAUGAUGGGGAGUGGUGUCCGUACCGUUGCUGGGGAUAUUUAGAUAAGAUGGUUGAACAGACGGAAGAAGAAGUCUGUAAAGAGAGAGGUGGCGAUGAGAUGGAGAAAUUUUGUGCACAGCAUUUGGGGUUUCGUUGCUUGCAGAGGUUUCUUCAAGACUAAAACAGAGGCUAAUACUAAAUGUUCUGUAAAUUUUACUUUAAGAAAAUGCUUUUUAGUUCCUGUUAAUUGCGGAGUUUUAAAUCUCGGAUACGGCCGGAAUCGGUGCCAAACCGGUUAGAGUGAAGGUUAAAAUCUGUUGUAAUUAUUGGAUUGGAUUAAUUUGAAGUUGAAUCAUGUAAAUAGUUCUGAAAA